UCUGAAAAUAUAGUAAAAUACCUUUUCGAACACUCAUUUUAAGUGGCGUUUCGGAAAAUAGAAAACUACGGCGCAUGUAAACACAUUUAACCGGAAACUAGCGGGCCGCACUAUUUCAAAGCGGAAGAACGUCAUGAUGCUCAGCGCAAGUAGUCCAUUGUUGUGUACGAGGCAUUACAGUUGAAGAGAUGGCCGAUUUACUGACGGUUUACGAAGACGACACUUUCUUUGACUGCACGGUCUGUGACAAACGAAUAAGGGGUGAUACACUGUACAAACUUCACCUGACCUCGACACUACAUUUAAAGAAAGAAAAGACCCUUGCUGCGCAGGGAAAGAUUCCAAAGCCACCUCCACUACCAGAAUGGACAGACAUCAAACAAUAUUUGGAAUACCUGAAACUUGAUGAACCCAUCAUUGGUCUUGGUUCCCUGGAACAGAUUCCAGAUCUUGUUAAUGACGAUGGCAAACCCGGUCUAAAGUACAAGUGCCAAGUGUGUAACAUAGAGAUGGACCUCCAUAAUGCUGUUGGCCAUAUUAUUGGACGCAAGCACCGGCAAAAAUACCUGGAGCAGAAAAGGCCAGACUUGGUGACAUGGCGCAACACCACACAACAGCCAGGUCUUGUUGCCAGAUUCCAAGCUAAAGUGGUUGAAAAGGAGGAGGGAUGGGGAACACCAGUGCCACUUGAAAAAUUACAGAAGAAACCCAGAAAUGUUGGAAAAGGAAAUGAUUUAAGGUCCAAUGUUCGUGGAAGAAACCCUCGUACAAAAUCACCUUUUGUUAAAGAUAUUCAUAGACCGUCAUACUUGGAUGAACAUGGCCGUCCCUAUUUUACUGGGGAAAAGGAUGACCAAUAUGAUAGACCUCAUCCAAGUGAAAACAGACAUCAAAGACCAUACAAAGAAACUAACAUUCGAGGAACAUUCUUUCAAGGACAUGAAUAUUCUGAAAGAGAAGAACAUGCCAGACAACAUGUAGAUCAGGGUGGUAGAAGGAUGUCUCAUUCUCAAGAAGACUAUGAGGAACCAAAUCUGGGCAAAGGACAGUAUUCAAGAGGAUAUAGCCUCAAGUCUAGAGACUAUGAUGUUCAAGAGAACAUUUAUCAAGAUGUUCCAAGAAACCUAUUCAAUGACAGAGACAUUAGAUUCCACAGUGCAUAUCAACACCAUGGAGAAACAGAAUAUCUGGAAGAGCAAUUGGAGGGUAGGAUGUAUGAGGAAAGAGGAUCAGGCAUGGAGGUUAUGUCUAAGCAUUGCAGAAGCUUUCAUGAUGAGGAGAGAAGGGAGAAUGUCAGAGAAUUUACAAGAAGAACGUGGGAGGAAUCUAAUGAAAUGAAAGGUUACCCUCAAAUGCUUGAACCCAGAGAUCUUCCAAGAGCAUAUUCCCAUGAACCGGUUCCAGCCAAGAAGAAAAAGAAGAGCAGGUUCUCUGAUGCAACAGCGGAGGAAAUAGCACUUGCACACAUGAGACAUUCACAGGAAUGUAUCCACAAAGAGAUGCAAAGAGCAGCACCUAAUCAAGCAAAGUCCCCGCUGUUUAAUAACCCAGUUAUGGAAUCUAGAAAUGCAUAUCAUGUUUAUCCACAUCCUGAAAAUGUCCUGGAUGUACUUAGUGACAUCCAAAUUGAAAAUCUGGAGGAAGCUAAAUUUCUCAAAGAAAAGCUGUGCACAGUUUUGAAAGAGUUUCAAGCAAAUAAAACUGCAAAAACUGGGGGCCAUACUUCACAAUUUGCUAGUGAACAACGCAGAGAUGCACAUGAUAAGGAUUUAAGGGUUGACCCAGAUGGCAUAUAUUUAGAAAAUAGAGGUUUCCAAGAGGUCAAACGAUAUGAAGAUGUUCCCAGAAGUGUCCAAGAAUCCAGAAAAUAUGAGGAAGACCCAAGAGUGGUUAGAGAGGUCAAACAAUAUGAGGAUGACCCUAGAGCUUUUGGAGAGGUCAGACGAUAUGAGGAAGACCCUAGAGCAUUUGGAGAGGUCAAGCGAUAUGAGGAAGACCCUAGAGCCUUUGGAGAGGUCAAGCGAUAUAAGGAAGACCCUAAAGCGUUUGGAGAACUCAAACGAUACGAGGAUGACCCUAGAGCGUUUGGAGAGGUCAAGCGAUAUGAGGAUGAUCCUGGAACGUUUGGAGAGGUCAAGCGCUAUGAGGAUGACCCUAGAGCGUUUGGUGAGGUUAAGCGAUAUGAGGAUGAACCUAGAGCGUUUGGUGAGGUUAAGCGAUAUGAGGAUGAACCUAGAGCUUUUGGAGAGGUCAAGCGAUCGGAGGAUGUCGCUCGAGCUUUUGGAGAGGUCAAGCGAUCUGAGGAUGAACCUAGAGCUUUUGGAGAGGUCAAGCGAUAUGAGGAUGAACCUAGAGCGUUUGGAGAGGUCAAGCGAUAUGAGGAUGACCCAAGAAGUCCUAGAGAGAGCAGACGUUAUGAAAAUGACUCACGAGAUUACAGAGAGGCAAGACGAUUUGACAGUUGUCCAAGUGAUUUUCAAGAAGCAAGGCAAUACGCAGAUGAUCCCAGAGAACUUCAAAAGACAAGGUUACAAGAGAACACAAGAGAUUUUCCAGAGUGGAGAGGUUAUGAGAAGGAUCUUCGAGAAGAGGCACGACAUUAUGAAGAAUAUUCAAGAGCUUCAAAAGAUGGCCUAGAAGGUCCUAGAAGUAUUCAUGAGACAAGAUAUUAUGAUGAUGAUUUCAGGGGCUUUGUAAAUGUGGAUUCUGAAAGAAAAUGGGAUGAUCAGAGAAAGCAUUCAUCAGAGCGCUUUGAAAACUCAGGCCGUGAAGACAUAGAUUGUGGUUUUCAAGAGAGCUUUGGCAAGCCUCCCAUGCUUUACAAACCAACUUCUCUACUUGAUGAUGCAAGGAUGUUUGCUGGGAGAGGACAACCGAGGUCACAUCAAAAUGACCAUCAAGCUGGUGAUGAACUCUAUGACCCAUUCCAACCAUCAUCCUCACCACCUCCGGAAACGACACACACCACCAGUCUUAACAAGAUUGCCUCAACUCUUCUGGAGCUUGUGGCCCGUAGAUAAAAUUAAGCUUAUUUGUUUCUGUAUAAUCUGACAUGGUUAUAUUUUAACAUAGCCUACCAGAUGAGGUUCUGAGCUAACUUUUGGGAGUUGAUUUAACCAUUAUGCUGCUUAGCAACACUCAGUUUAAAAUUAAAUUAGGGGACUGUUUUUGCAGUUGAUAUUCUUUAAGAUUUCAGACAAAAUACAGACAAUAAAUGGAGCGUUAUUUUCAGUAAUUAGGUAGUUCUGAUUGUUAUCCUAAUAUUUGAAGGAUACUUGGUUUUGUUUUGUACAAUGUUUCUCGUGUUGUAAAAUUGUACUGUUUUGUUCAGCUGGUUUUAUUAAAAGACCAGUGUUGGAAAAAAAUAAACCAUGCAACCCAAUAGCGACCUUUCUUUAUAGAAUGAUUGUUGAAAUCUGUAUUUGAUUUGGGAAAAAUACAAUUACAGCAAUACAUUGCUGUGGCUUGUUGUUUCUUGUGUACAUUUGUAUCUUUUUAUUAUUUUAUAUUUUGAUUAUUAUUAUUCCUCUCUCAAAGCACCUCUAACAUCGUACGUUCCCUAAAGUUUAUCUUUAAGUGUAGUUUAGUUGUACUGUUUAUGCUCUAUAGUACAGGGAUUUAAGUUGUCAUAAGGGUUAUCCAGUAACUUCAAGGUUUUGUGUCAGGUCCUGUUUGAUGCUUCUUUGUAAAUGCUGGUUUUGUGUAUUAAUGGUUUAGAAUAUUGGUUUCAACCUCCUAGUCCAAAACCAUAAUAAAUUAGCAUGGUUUCUGUUCUAUCCUUAAAAAAAAAUCUUAUAUUGACAUAGUUUUUGUGAACACAUUAAAACUAAGUUAAUCUAUAUUAUGAAAGAUUUAACUGGAAAUUCUCAUUCUUAGACUAAGGAUGUUUUUCAUAAAUGUCAGGUCAGAACAGGUUGUCCUGUUUUGUAAGAUGUAUAAUUAAUUCUCCAAUUGCAGUUUAUCUUUGACAGGCAGUUCUUUAAUAUUUUGAAGAUAUUUUCUAUUGUUUCCUUUGCCAUCAAUUGUUUUUAUUAUUGAUUGAAUUAAAUAUGUUUGAAAAGCUAUUAAAUACACUA